AUGGCACAAAACACUCACAGGGCCGUAUAUUCCGAGCGCUCGGCGCGAACUAAGCACGUGUUGGUGCAGGGCCUGCAUGAGAAACGGAACCCUAAAGGAGGAAUAUUUAGAGGAAGUAGUGCGCAGCAGACAGCUCUAAUUAAAAUGCUGAAGACUUCUUCAGUCCAUUUUGAUUCAACCAUCAACGCGUGUAGUAUUAUUCUUGCUGCUCCUGAACGAGCUCUGACAUUUAAAAAGUCUUUUCAGCAAAAGGUAUGA